AUGAUGAUAAAAAAAUUGAUCACCAAGUGUUCCUAUAGAUUUAUACUUCAUACGACGGCAAGAAUUGAAGCUACACAUGCAAACUCGAUAUAUAAGUACAAUUUAAAUGGAAAAUUAACUGAACGCGCGUUUAGUUCUAUAGAUAAACAGGCGGAGCAUAGGAUAAACGCAGUUCGUAAACGAAGGAAGGAAGUAGACGAAGCGGUCAACCUAGAGGAGGAUAGAGAUGCAGAGGAAGAAGUUCAGGUAGACGAACCUACUCACGAAAGCGAUAACGUAUUUGUGCAGAAACAAAAAGAGUUCAUACACAAAUUUGACGAGGAGAAUUGUGAUAAAGAAGAACAUAGCACAGUGAAGAUAUUAAAUAAAAAUGAUACCAGAAGUAGCGAUUUUUUGCUGCAUAAUGAAAAGUACGUAAAUUUUAUAAAAAAAUAUAACCAGAAUAGGAGAUGUAAGAAAAAUCGAUUCAGUAAAUAUUCUGAACAAGUCAUAGAGGAGGAUGACAAAAGCUUGUGGGAAAUUUUAAAAGAAAAAGAAGACUAUUUAAAAAACAAAAAAAAAUUGAAAUCUUAUCAAAAGGAACUUGAUUACAAAAUGAGUAGAGAAUACGAAAAAUUAAAAAAAGAAGAAAUGUUUUUAUUAGUAGAUCAAAACAAGCAAAAUGGGCAGAAAAGAAAGAAAGAACAAAUGGAUAGUUAUGGUAAAAAUGUAGAUGAUAAUAUAGUAGUAGAAGCGGAAGAAGAAGGAAAAAAAAAAAAAAAAAAAAAAAAAAAAAGCAUUAUAGAAGACGUGCAUGAUGAUAUUGACGCAUAUUUAAAAAACGACAACACAUUCGUCAAUGAUAUUAAGUCAUACAACGAAAUUUAUCAAGACCACCUUUUAAUCCAAGAAAAGGGUGACGAUGAUCACUUGGAUCAGAUGUCCAAAGUGGAUGGUACCCCUUCCAAUGAUAGUACAAAUUUGGAAAAGGACGAUUUUAAUGUAAAUUGUUUAAUUCAAGAAGAGUUAAAGACAAAAGCUAUUUUUCACUCUAUUGGAAAGCCUAACCGUGAACAUAAAAACAUUGAGAGCGAUAUUUUAGUUGAUGACUUAACAACACCAAAUGAUAACAGUUCUGAUAGUAAAGUUAACAGCUCCCUUUUUGUUGAAGAAGUGGAAGAAAUAACAGCGAAGAAAUGCAUCAAGGGAUUGAUUGAGGGAAAGGCAGGUAAUGAGUCCAGCAAAGUGGCGGAGGGAGUGAAAGAAUCGAAGGAAAUGAAGGAAGCGACUAAAUGUAACGAAGGGCAGCUCGAACAUAUGAAGCAAGACAACCACACUAUAGAGAUAACUCCGAUCGAAAUUUUGAACAGACUAAGCGGAGAAAGCCUGAGCAGCAUCAUUGAUGGAAAUAUAGACAAUUUAAUUAUACAGAGAGAAAUAAAAAAAGAAAAAACUGCGAAUGGUAUAAUAAAUGUAGUGUACAACAAUUUGAACAACUGUGAUAAAAUAAAUUUAAGUAGUGCACUAGUGAAGAUGUCAAAGUUGUUAGAUUCUUAUCAAAAACAAAGUAUUAUUAAAAAUUAUAUGUAUUUGAGUAUAAUAAAAAAAAUAGAAGAAAAUUUAUCUACGUUUGAAAUUUCUAACUUGGUUCAAAUAUUCUACGCUUUUGUAAAAAUUGAAAAUUUCCCCUUCUUUUUUAAUGAUAUAAUAAGUAGCAUUAAUAACAAAUUAGACGAAGCUAUGCCUAAGCAGAUAUGUAGUAUCUUAUACACACUAAGUAAUAUUAUCAUUGAAACAAAUGAAAGUAGGAUGUUAAAAAUGAAAAUCAUUGACAAGAUAAAGAGAAAUUUAUCUUCGUUUGUAUGUCUUAAUGAUGUUAUUUGCUUACUUACAUCCUUAUCAAAAUUAAAAUAUAAAGAUGUACACACCUAUUAUCAAUUGUCCAAAAAGAUUGAAGAAAAUAUGGAUCAAUUAAGUAUAAAAAAUGUGAGUAAUAUUUUAUGGUCCUUCAGCAACAUUAAUUAUACAAGCCAGCUGGUAAAAAACAUCAAAAAAAUUAUAGAAAAACAUAUACAUGAUGCUAAUUAUAUGGAUAUAAUUAAUAUAAUAUAUUCAUUAACAAAAUUGAAUGAAUAUGAUGAUCAUCUUUAUAAUGAUGUUUUUUACAAUGCUAUUAAUGUUUAUUUACAUAAUAUGAAUGUAAAAAAUUUGUGUAUAAUUUUGUGGUCAUACACUUUUGCAAAUGUGGAUAAACCUGACUUGUACAUAAAUAUUUUAACAAAAAUAAAUGAAAAUAUGAACCAAAUUACUACGAAAGAUGUUGUUUCGAUAUUAACUUGUCUAAGUAGAAUUAAAUAUAAUUACAGAUAUAAAUAUCUAUUUAAUCAUUUAAAAAAUAAAGUAAUAAAAAAUGUAUAUGCAUUUACCCCAUUGCAGCUUACGAAUAUUAUAUAUCAUUCAUCCGUUCUAGAAAUGUAUGACCACAAAUAUUAUUAUGUACUUGUUCAGCAAAUUUAUCAAAUAAGAAAAUUAUUGUACUUGGAAAAUUUGACCUUAAUUUUGUAUGCCUUAAAAAAUAUAUGUUAUUUAAAUAUCCAAAAUUUGGAUAUAUUCAAAUUAAUAUCAUAUAUAUUUGAGCAGGUAGGUAAGAAAUAUAAAUUAUUAUGUGGAGAAGAUUGUGUUAAUAUUACGUUAAUAAUAAAUGACUUGAUGAAAUACUCAAACCAGGGAUAUCUUUCCUUUACUCAUAUAUGUAAUCUUAACAAUGGGGAAAAUUAUGCCCAUCCGUAUAUGCAUGUAGAGGACCAAAGUGGUGCUAAUAAUUAUGUAGAUAUAUUUGAUGAUAACGUGAAGAUAGACCAUUUUGCGCAUGACAAGGAAGAAGUGUAUUUACCAUAUAUUAAUGACUUAUUAUAUGAACAAAUAAAGAUACGAUUAAACAAUUUCUGGCAGUUAAAUAUCAAAGAUGUUAAUAAUUUAUUAAUAAUUAUGAAAGAUGGAUGUAUGUAUGAUGAUGUAAUAUUAAAUAUGAUUAUGAGACAGAUCAUUCCUAUUUUGCUAAAAAGUACAAAUAUUGAAUUUUUAAUUUUCUUAAGUAAUAUAACAUCAAAUAGAAACUUGAAAUUUAUAGCAUUAACACAUCUUUCUCGUAGACCUAAACUAAUAAGUGUGUUUAAAAAAAAAAUUAAUUCAAUUACUUGUUAUAUUUUAAACAGCUGUGAAGAUGGACAAUAUAGUUCUGUUGAUAGUAACUUUGAAUAUGUGCACGAUGCACCAGAUACUGGAUAUGCACAGAUGAGAAAUGUAACAUCAACAUAUGAGGAAGGACAAGGAGUGAAAAGAAUUUUACAAAAUGGAGUUAUGAUGACUGAAAAUGUUCAUCCGUUUGGAGAGACCCUAGAAGAGCACAUGACGAGUGGAGAAGCUACAAAAUGGAAUGUUCCCAAUGAUAAAAAUUAUAGGAGCGAAAUGAAAAGCGCAGUGAGUAGUAGUGCUGUAACUUCAUCAUCAUGGGUAAAUUAUGAUAUUCAAAAAAGAACUAGAGUAGACCUGAAUAGUUGCAUAGCUCUUUGUUAUGCUUGUUUUAACAUGCAUUAUGAAGAUGAUAAUAUUUUGAAAAUAUAUGAUAUCAUUGAACAUAUGAUAACUGAAGAAAGAAAAUCCAUAAAUUCGUAUAUGUUAAUAAACUUCUUAUACAUUUUGACCUUAACAAAUAAUAAGAUACCCUUAGCUAGCCACUUAUCUCAGGAAUAUAUGAAGCACAGGUAUGGCCGCGAUAUAGAACAGCAAAAUGAGAAAAUAAAAAAAAAAAAAAAUUUAAGUAACAAAAUGCGGCAAAAUGAAGAUAUUAAAAUGUAUGGAAAUGAGGAUAUCAAAAUUUAUAAGAAUGGGGAUAUCAAAAUUUAUAAGAAUGGGGAUAUCAAAAUUUAUAAGAAUGGGGAUAUCAAAAUUUAUAAGAAUGGGGAUAUCAAAAUGCAUAAGAAUGAGGAUAUCAAAAUAUAUGAAAAUGAGGAUAUAAAUAUAUACAAAAAUGAGGAUAUCAAAAUAUAUAAGAAUGAGGAUGUCAAAAUUUCCGAGCGGACUAUAUCCAGCGAGCAGAAUAAUUACAGUGAUGCAUACAUGGCACAUGAUACAGUAGAGGGGAGUCCCAGAUUAAGCUUUAAUUUAUUUUACGAAGAAAAUGAUAAACUAUCUUCAUAUAUUGAAAAAGGCGAUGAAGACACUUCUCUGAUAUUAUUAAAAUUACUAUAUGUAAAUAUUAUUUUAAAUAAAUAUAAUUAUUUGUAUCAUAUAUUAAGUGAAAUUUGUAAAUAUUCCGAACAUUUUUAUACUCAUGAAUUUAUUAUGUUGUCAAAACAGGUGUGUUAUCAUAUUUAUAAUUUUUCUGAUUUUUUUUGUAAAAAUAAAGAUAUGCAAUAUACAUGGAACAAAAUUCAAGAAAAUGUCUAUAUUAAUGAUGAACAUAUUUAUUUAGAUUUAAAUUUUGAGAGAACAAAUAUAAAUCUAAUAAAUGAAGAAAAUGGUGAUAAAACUGUUAACAAAUUACUGGGAAAUAAAAAAAUAUGCAAAUCUUUAGAUAAUAAUAUUAAUAUUGCCAAAUUUUUCUACUAUAUUCUUAAUUAUAGCAUGGAAAAUAUAGGCUUCAGAAGUGCCAAUUCUACUACUUCAAAAAAGGAGAGGAAAAAAGUGAAAAUGUUUCACUUCGAUCAUGUCAUAAGCGACAUCCUGAAUUUUUUGAAUGUACAGUACAAAGGAUCGUACACCCAUGAGAAUAUUUACAAAAUAUGUUGUUCCUUCCCGUAUGAAAGACACUUGAUAGAUUUGCUCUCAUAUGAGGAUGUUCUGUACCCAUCACACAAGCCACUGUUGUCUUCAGAGUUGAGACAAAAGCAACUUGCCCUAAAAGGAUGGACGGUGCAUUCAAUAAACUUCCGAGAUUUAUACAACAGCAUAAAAGACAAAAAUAUCAUUUGCUACAUUUUCAAUAUUGUAAAAAAGAUAAAAAAAGAUCUGAAAAACUUGCCAAAUAAUGAAAAAAAAAUGGAGGAAAAGGAAUUUUGGGAAAAUAUAAAAUAUGCAAGUAUUUAA